CUCCCCACGUUUCAGUGCUUUCUAAAUAUUACCACAACACAGUGAAUUAUUGUCAAAAUGGCACCAGCGUACAAAUUAAUUUACGGUGAUUAUAGGGGUGUGGCCGAAACGUCUCGUUUUCUUUUCAAAUACGGUGGAAUAGAAUUUGAAGAUGCCCGCGUCCAGUUCGAAGACUGGCCCCAGUGGAAAGAAAAAACUCCAUUUGGUCAACUUCCUCUUCUGGAACACAACGGCAAACAAAUAAACCAGAGCAUCGCGAUUGCUCGCUAUUUAGCCAAUCUUGUCAAACUUGCAGGGAACGACGACUGGGAAAAUUUGGAAAUUGAUUCUAUCGUGGAUACAGUUAGCGACAUUCGACAAAAACUGGUUCCGAUUGGUAGAGAGCAAGACCAAAUUAGGAGGAAGACUCUUAUUGACACUUUAAUUAAGGACUCGUUUUCGUAUCACCUUCCUCGUUUGGAAGCCAUAGUUGAAAAAAAUAAUGGUUAUUUGGCACUUGGUCGGUUGACGUGGGCUGAUUUUUACUUUGCUACGAUUUCUCCAAUGUUUGAUGCCAUCACUGGCCAGGAUUGUCUAGCCAAUUACCCAAAAUUGAAAGCUGUGAGGGACAAAGUUAACGAGCUCCCAGCUAUUAAGAAGUGGAUUGAAACUAGACCAGCAAGUGAUUUUGAUGUGAUCCUCACAUUUUCGUCAGUGAUCCGUGAACAUUCGUUCGCUAUACAGCUCAACACUCAAAUGGCACCAAAAUACAAACUUACUUACUUUGAUGGUUGUGGAGUGGCUGAAACCUCUCGCUUCCUUUUCAAUUACGGAGGAAUCGAUUUCGAGGAUGUGCGCAUAAAACAAGAAGAUUGGCCCCAGUUGAAACCAAAAACUCCCUUCGGUAUGGUCCCCCUUCUCGAACACAACGGAAAACAAGUGGGCCAAAGCAUAGCCAUUGCGCGUUAUUUAGCCAAAAAACUCAAACUGGCAGGAAACGACGAUUGGGAAGACCUGGAGAUUGAUGCAGUUGUCAAUACAGUUCAAGAUUUGUAUCAGAAGUUGGCACCUUUAUAUUACGAGAAGGACGAAUCUAAGAAGAAGGCGCUGAUUGAAACUGCUCAAAAAGAAACGAUCCCUUAUUAUUUGCCGCGUUUUGAAGAACUUGUUAAGAAAAAUAAAGGAUAUUUAGCGUUGGGUCGGUUGACCUGGGCCGAUUUCUACUUUGCUACAAUGUCUCCGACGUUCGAUGUAUUGACAGGCCGCGACAACUUGGCUAAAUAUGCAAAUCUGAAGGGUUUGAUGGAAAAAGUGAACGGGUUGCCGGCCAUUAAGAAGUGGAUUGAAGUUCGACCAAAGACUCAGUUUUAAACUGUGAUUGUUGUGCAAAAAUUAGCAACGUAAAAAAUAAAAAAAGAGUUAAUCCAAA